CAGGGAGCCCUCGCGCCGAUCACCGGGAUCCGCGCGCAGGCCUCCGACAGUGUAUGUGCGUGGUGUUUUUUUUUUCUUCUGUCAUCUGCGUCAAUAUUGCCGUCUUCGCGUGCAUCUGGUGGCCUUCGGGAUCGCGAACCCCCAUCCAGACAUCGUGAUGUGGUGGUCGUUGCUGAUCGGCGGGGCCAUGCUUCUCUGGGUGCAGAACUGCUACGCCGACCCAGGCUGGCUGACCCCGCGCACCAUCUUCCCGCAGGACCACCUCAUCGGCGACGACCCCAAUGAUGCCUUCGACGCGUGGCAGCCGGUGGAGUCCCAGAUGGCCCACUGCGAGAGCCUCUCGCAGGACGUCCCGGGCCUGGGGCCGGGGGAGCGCAGCGACGGCUCGCUGGACCUCGCGCGUCUGGAGCUGGAGCAAAACAACUGAAUUACCAGCGCCAGCUGGUGACGCGGGCGCAGCGGCGGCUGGACGAGGGCGGCGCCUGCGGCCCGCUCUCCUCCGGCGGCGCGGGCCGCCGCGGGGGCCCCGCGGAGCUGCAGCCGCUCAUCGGCGGCGACGCCUCCGACAGCGAGGAGGCGCCGCCCGCGGCGCAGCAGGC